AGAUCAGUUAUUACACAAAGACACGAUUGAUCGUCUCUGAAGCAAACAAUAUUUCAAGCCUUGUACCGAAUCAUCGGAUCGCAUAAAUAAUUUCUUUGAGAUGUGUCCCGUAAUGAGUAAUAGAGAUCUACGGCGGAUUUCCCGCAAAUUCUAUUACCGCCAUCGACCCGUAUGGGAGUUUAUUAGGAAUAAUGACGAAGGCUUUUGGCCGGACCUGAGGGACACUAUGGAACAGGCCCACCGCUGGAGGUUCGUUCCAAAAGACGAAAAUGGAUCUAGGAUAACCGAGUUUCCUCGCUCUCGGGACACCGGCUCCCAGACCCUGGAGCCGAACCCCUUCGGGGCGAGCAGCUGGGAGGCGGGAAGGGCGGGAGCCCGCGAGACAGUGGGCCGUAACCGGAUGGCCGUAAACCCUUCACCACCAACGGUGCCCCUGCGCGCCGCGGGCGGGUGUUGGUAUUGCGGGUCCCGAUUCCACGCAAACGCCGAAUGCAACUUCCCCCGCAUGCAGAUUUUCUGCUGUGGCUGCGGGGAGAGGGGCGUGACGAUACGAACGUGCCGUAAUUGUGGCCCGGAGUACCGUCGAAUGGACCCAGCAAGCGCGCCCAGGGGAUCGGGCAACCGCCAACGACUGGCCGAGGCUGCCCGCGACGGGCCGGAGGAGGAGGAUCGCGAGCAGGAGUAUUCGAAGCGACUACGGCAAGAAAACGUUUAGGACGCCUACAGGAACCCACCCCUAGAGACAAAACCCCACUACCGCCCCUUGUCCUUGCCCCUUAGCACAUUUUAGUUUUUAUGUAUGUUUAAUUGUAAAGAGGGAAGAAAAUAUAGUUUUGUUGGUCCUCUUGAUCUAUGCCUAUACUCUUUUCAUAUUCGUCCCACCCCUCUACGACGGCAAGCGCUGUAGCGGAGAACGGAAAAGAAGAACAAUAAGGCGUACUCUAAAACGGGACAUUCGCUUCCCUUUCUUCCUCCCGGGGAGAGAGACGCAACCCAGGCUAC